AUGGCAACUUCCGACAACAACAACUCUACUUCCAAAAUCAAGUUCAUGUGGAACAACACCAACAACCGUCAAGUUUUAUCAUCUCCGAUCACUGUUGUUGAUCACCAUGAUCAUCGUCUUCAUCUUCAACCACAAAAUGUAGGGUUUGAAUCGAAGGUGAAAUCUGAUGUUCUUCCAGAAGGUUCUGGAAAAUCGCGUGCUGCUGCUGGUGGGGGUGGUAAUGGGAACAGUAGCAUGCAAACCCACCAGUACCCGGUUCGAUCCGAUGCGAAAGAUUGCUUGUUUUUUGUUCAUACUGGUUCGUGUAGUUUCGGGUCGUCUUGCAGGUUCAAUCACCCAUCUCCGGUUGAUGAUGACAAGGAAAGAAACAAUGGAAGGCAUUCUGGAAAAUCAUUUGAGAAUUCACCUCGGACUCCAUGCAAGUUUUACCUAGCUGGAAUCUGCAAGUAUGGAGCAUCUUGUAGAUUCAAUCACGCGAUGCCAUCGGCUGAACUGAUGCAGCUCCAACAAUAUAACUCUCUCGCAUUGCCAUUCCGUUUGGGUGAGAAGAUAUGCUCUUUCUAUAUGCGUACUGGUCUAUGUGGGUUUGGUGCCGCAUGUAAGUUUCACCACCCGGAACCGGUAUUCAUCAAAGGGCCUAAAAACCGUAAUCCAUAUGCGAGUCGUGAAGCUAUGAAGUACACAAAUGGAUCUGCGAGAAUCACUAAUGGAGGAUAUAUUAUUCAGUUCCCAGAUUCGCCUCAACAAUACAUUGCGACUCCGAUGGUAGAUCACAGUAGCUUUCAGUACAUGCCUUCGCCCGAUUAUGGAUGGAAUGGAUAUCAGGUUCCACAACUCAACCAAGAAAUCCAGCUGUCGUCUUCCGCAGUUCAAGUGGCAAAUUUCUCUUCUGUAGCUCCGGCAGUCGUGGACGCGAAAAAUACUGCCGACUUUCCUCCGUUAAGCAGGCCGUUGGUUCUUUCGAAACCCGUUGUUGAGCUUCCUAAAACAAGCAAGCCAUUGGUUCUCAAUGAAGUUGGCCUCCCAAUGCGACCUGGGAGAAAAGUGUGUUGGCACUAUGACAGUUCAGGUGAAUGUAAGUAUGGUGCUGAUUGCAUAUUUGAUCAUCCACAAAAGAGUGUUGAAAAAGGGUGCACAUCCAAGUCUGGUUUAGGUGGUGCUGGUGAAACCCUAGGAACCGAAGAGAAGUAG